AAACAUAUUUGUAGUUUAGUGUAAACGUUAUUUUGAAACCAAACCGUUAAAUGGUGAUUUUCCCAAAGAACUGUUAAAUAAUGAAUUAACAUAAACGUAUCAAUUAAUUACUCUUUCACAAAUAAAACGUCUACGCAUUGCCCUAUAACAUCUGUAGUUCCUUGUCACCAAUCUAACAUCCUAAACCAAAAGUAAAUAUGGCAAUGUCUCUUUCCAUGUUAACUCUUGUAUUCACCGUAGUAUUUAUCAUGGCUCACACAACUUUUUCCCAACAAUUUGAUCGAUAUUCACUAGAGGUACCAGAAGAUGUGAACAUAUCUCCCAUGCCAGAUUUUGAUAUCUACGUCGAAACUCCCGAUGAAUCUCCAUUCGAAGCUGAUUCACCGACAAUGGAAUAUAACAUGAAACUUGGGAGACAGUACUCGGACAAACAAUUCAAUUUUCUUCAGAUUUGCCUUCAAAAGCUGAAUUCGGAUUGUGGAGAUAACAUUGUCAAGAACAUGUUGGAUAAAACUACGACGCAAUUGACGAAUGAAUGUUGUCUUAUUCUAUUAAAGAUUGGCAAAGAUUGUCAACUAGGAGUGGCACAUAUCAUUUCUUCAAACACUGAAUAUAAUAAUAUUGCUUCUAAGGCUAUUCCAAAAAGCAAACAUACAUGGAAAGAUUGUGUCCGCAGAGUUGGGAGCCAUAUUGGUUCUCCAAUUUUUUUAGAAGAACUAAACUAAUAUUUCAUCGUCUUGAUAUUAUAUGCAUUUUGAGAUUUUUUUUGGAAAAACUAAACUAAUAUUUCAUCAUCUUGAUAUUAUAUGCGUUUUGAAUUUUAUGAUUCCUAUCACACCACUGAAAAAUGCAUUAUACGUUUGAUGUACUAUUAAGAUUAUAUGGCCAUGCCCAUGCAAAUAUACAUAUUUUCUAAUCAAGGUUCUCGGAUCCAAUGAAAAAUACUCAAUGAUGGUAUCGUUCUCGUUUGAUAGAGAAUAAACUGUUCCAACUUGGGUUGGUUUGCAAAAUACUGUCAAAAAAUCAUUUACUUAACGGCAAAACAAUGUAAAAUAUAUUUGAUAUAUGUUUUCAUAAGUUAUAUGUAGAAAGAAUGCGAAUCACAACAGCGCAUACCGCCAAACGCAAUUGUAGAUCUUAAGUUAUAUUAUGACCCAUAUAACUUUUCAACAAAUACUCAUUUCCCUAUAAGUUAUAUCGUCUGUUGUCACCAAUCUAAAAUCCAAAAUCAAAAACAAAUAAGCCAAAGUCUCUUCUCAUGGUGAUACUUGUAUCCAUAGUAGUAGGUUCGACGUCUCAGCCAACUUUUUUCGAGAAAUUGAUCAAUAGUCACAAAAGGUAUAAGAAAAUGUGAACAUGUCUCCUAUUGAAGCUCCCGCCAAUUUACUAGAAAUUAAAUAUGAGAUGGAGCUUAUGCAUCAUUACUCGCAUGAACAUUCUCGAUUUUCUUCAUGUUUGCCUACAAAAUUAGAAUUCGAAAUGUGGAAACGACAUUUUUAAGAACAUGUUGGAUGAGAUGACGACACAAAUAUUGACAGAUGAAUGUUGUUGUAUUUAUUAAAGACGGACAUUUAGGACUGACCCAAAUUAUUAUUCCGAUUUAUGAGUAUAAAGAUAUUGCUUCUAACACAAUUUCGAAAAUCAACAGAGAUGAAACAAUUGUGUUUGGGAAGUUGGGAGCCCGGAGCCAAAUUGGUGCUCCUGUCUCUUCGGAUGAUUUAAACAAUAGCACCUCAUUAUGAUGUUAUAUGUGUUUUCAGUGUUAUGAUUGUUACCAUUAUACCAAGUGUUUUGUCUGCACAUACGGUCAUAAUCAUCUUAUAAAUACUUAUUAAUUUAUGUUUUAUUAAUUCAAAAAUGGCAUAAUAAAACUCUAAUUGGUGACCAUGUUGAAGGAAAAAAAUUAUGGUGAAUUCUUUGUCCCUCAAAAUUUAUCCAGUUAUAUUGAAUUUUAGUCAAAUUAUUGAAAGGUGGAUUCCAUUUUUUUCCUCUAAAUUCCCUAUGGAGGAAUGAAUUUAUAAGGAAAAAUUUCCCCUAUGCAAUUUUGAUAAGGAACAAAUUGAACAAAAUUCAUAUUUUAUUUUGGUUUUUCAAUUUGUCAAAUGAAAAUUUAUUUUUCAUUUUUUCCAUUAUUCUAGUGAUCACCAACUGAAGCCAUAGUGUUUCCCAUAUUAAACUUAAACUAGUUUUAAGUAAAAGCAAUUAAAAGAAAAUUUGUUUUAAACUUAGUUUUUAAUUAUGAUUUCAAAUAGUUAAAUCAAACAUCCAAUUAUUAAUAUAUGUCAAAAAAUGUUUAUCAAAGUAUAUAUUUAUUAUUGUGUUAAAAGGUUUUAAAACACUCAUAUAUUAAAAAUAGUUAGAAAAUAUCUUUAUAUGAAUAUUGUUCUUUGACUAAUAUUUAAUUAUAAAUUGUUUUAUAUCUUAAUUUUUUAAAUUUAUAAUAAAAAAUAUUGUUUUCAGAUAGUAACAUAAUAUAUAAAUAUAUAUAUAUAUAUAUAAUAAUUCUCUUAAUUUUUAAAAUAUAUUUUCACUAUUUUAUUAUAUUAGUUUAUAAUUAAUUAUUAAUUAUUUAAAAUAAAAUAAAAUAAAACUCGUGUUUCAUUAUAAAUUCAUUACGGGUUUUGUGCAAAUUAAUAAAUACUCGGUUAAAAAAUAAUAAUAAAUCAAUUACCUAUUUAAGACUUAAAACCUAAUAAAAUAUGACAAAUAAAUAUAUAUAUAUAAGAAUUCUCUUAAUUUUUAAAAUAUAUUUUCACAAUUUUAUUAUAUUAGUUUAUAAUUAAUUAUUAAUUAUUUAAAAUAAAAUAAAAUUUGUGUUUCAUUAUAAAUUCAUUACGGGUUUUGUGUAAAUUAGUAAAUAUUCGGUUAAAAAAUAAUAAUAAAUCUACCUAUUUAAAACUUAAAACCUAAUAAAAUAUGAAAAAUAAGAAAAUUAACUACAUAUUUAAUAUUUAAUAUAACAUAUAAAUUUAAUAUUAUUAAAUAAAAAUUCAUUUUUAAUUAUAUAUAAAAUUCUAUU